UUCUGAGGUUUAAGCGGCAGAGCCUUAAAGAGGAACUCACUAUUGUUGACAGGAGAGGCAAGCAAUAGAUAUGGAUGCUGUACAAUUGUUUAGAAUCAUCAGUGAGAAGGAAAAGAGAGGAAUCAAGAAAGAGAGUUAUCUGUAAUAUGAACAAUAAUAUAAUAGUAUUUGAAAUACAAUAAAGAAGAUUCUUGAAUUAACAUCUUUUUGUGCUAUAACUGGCAGAGAAAUCAGGGAUGUGAAGAACAAUUUAGGGAUUGGGGAUGAAAUCAAACAGAUGCAGGUAGCAAAUAAAAUUCCUUAACGCUGGUGUUCACAGGAUUCUUGCCCUACUUCGUGUCUAGUAGAAUAAUCCUUAAGGAACAAAAUAACAAGAGAAAGGAAAGAGUCAGGAAGGGGAAAGGUAGGGGAGAGAGAGAGAGGAUAACAGUUCAACUUCGGAUCUUCCCGGUGCAGUAAGCGUUAAGGGGAGGAGGGGAAUGACGCGGUUUGCGUCUGGAGCAGCUCCUUGGAGUCCACAGCAUCCACAGCCUGAGCCUCGCCUUCCUUUCUCCCUCUGCAGACACAGAGAGACACAAAAGCCAGUGCUAGAGACCCAGAAGCAUCAUGACGGAAACCACCAAGACCCACGUUAUCCUUUUGGCUUGUGGCAGCUUCAAUCCCAUUACCAAGGGGCACAUUCAGAUGUUCGAAAGAGCCAGGGAUUAUUUGCACAAGACUGGAAGGUUUAUUGUGAUUGGUGGAAUUGUUUCUCCUGUCCACGACUCCUAUGGAAAACAGGGUCUGGUGUCCAGCCGACAUCGCUUGAUCAUGUGCCAACUGGCUGUCCAAUCUUCUGAUUGGAUCAGGGUGGACCCCUGGGAGUGCUAUCAGGAUACAUGGCAGACCACCUGCAGCGUUCUAGAACACCACCGGGACCUAAUGAAGCGAGUGACUGGCUGCAUCCUUUCCAAUGUCAACACACCUUCCAUGACCCCGGUGAUUGGACAACCACAACAUGAGACACCCCAGCCCAUUUAUCAGAACAACAAUGUGCCCGCUAAGCCCACUGCAGCAAAGAUCUUGGGGAAAGUGGGAGAAAGCCUGAGCCGAAUUUGUUGUGUCCGUCCACCUGUGGAGCGUUUCACUUUUGUUGAUGAGAAUGCCAACCUUGGCACAGUGAUGCGGUAUGAAGAGAUUGAACUUCGCAUCUUGCUGCUUUGUGGCAGUGACCUGCUGGAAUCCUUCUGCAUCCCUGGGCUCUGGAAUGAGGCUGAUAUGGAGGUGAUUGUUGGUGACUUUGGAAUUGUGGUGGUACCUCGGGAUGCCGCAGACACAGACCAAAUCAUGAACCAUUCCUCAAUACUCCGCAAGUACAAGAACAACAUCCUAGUGGUGAAGGAUGAUAUCAACCAUCCCAUGUCCAUUGUCAGUUCCACCAAGAGCAGACUGGCCCUGCAGCAUGGGGAUGGACACGUGGUGGAUUACCUAACCCAGCCCGUCAUUGACUACAUCCUCAAGAGCCAGCUGUACAUCAAUGCCUCUGGAUAGGCACCAUUGCUCCUUCCCCUUCCACCCCGACCCCCAACCCUGUCGCUGCAGCAAUUCAGCCCUCAUGCUUACUCUCCUCCUGUCCUCCAUCACUUUUUCCUGGCCUGUCUGUCUGUCUGUCUAUUCCUCUUUCCUCUUUGUCUUUCUCUCAUUGUCUCCCACAUGGGUCUGUCUGCCUCCCUUGCUGACUCUAAUACCCCACAGGGCAGGGCUAUUCCAAGAACUAUGGUACUUGGUACAUGGAGCCCUUUCUACAGUCAUCUUUGGACAACCUUUCUGCUUGUUCCCUGGGUUGGGGGUAGACCAGGGUUGGGGAGGGGAAAGUGCAGCCCAUAGAGGUAUAUUGAUGUCCGUUUCCCAGCAUGCUCUAGGGAGGCGGCUCUGGUGUCCACCUUCCCAGCAUGCUCUAGGGUGGUGGCUCUGGCACUCGCCCUCCUAGCAUGCCCUUUAUCACAAAGGGCUGACCUUUUUUUUUCCCCUCCUACCUUUCAUAAGACCUUGGAUGAGAUCAGUGUCUAUGGUUUUUUUUUUUGUUUGUUUGUUUAAACUCCCCAUUGCACUCCUUUGGCAUUCCUUCUGUUUUAUUGUGCUAUUGCAUUCAGCCUCAGCUCUCAUUAUUGGGGGAGCCCAGUCCUUGAGGGAUACCCCCAAAUAUGAACCUCAAGCAACAAGGUGGAACACUCUUUUUUGGCCAAGAGUGAACCACUUGGGUUUUGAAGUCCCAGGAAACAGAGAGAAAAUUUCUAUUGUUGUAAGUCUGGGAAUAAGUUUUCCCCAGGACUUUGAACCUAUUUCUUCAGGUUUUGGUUUCAGGAGAUGUUUUUCCUGCUCCAAAACUGAAUAAUGGCUUAACUUUUAGUUUAAAUAAAGCCUGUCAUUACACAUUUUGGAAGGCCCAACCAUAGAGCAUUUGGGUUAUAAUGGAACUAGAACUAGUGGGAAGGGUGGGGACUGUUGGUCAAAAAGUGUUUGUAGAGUACCCAUCUCUUUCAGCUCAUUGUACUAAGCCCUUCUACACCAAACUUAGGCAUACAUCUGGAUCACUUAUGCCAGGUGAAAUCCUAAUAAUGCAGCAAUUUCUAAAAUAAAUAAGCUAAGUGGUCAUCCAGCCUUGGAUAUCCUUGAGAAUCUGGUUUUUCUCUGGCCUCUUUCUGCUAAUAGUAUAAUCCUUCCCUUAUGGAUAAGAUAUUCUGAAAAUGAAUCAAUGAUAUGGGCACUCCCUUCACUAGUGCAGAUCACAACCCAUUCACAUCAUCCCAUGAUCUUGACAAAAAACAACAAAAAUAAAUGCUUUUGUUCCCAGUGACCCCAAUGUACUCACUGGGGACAUUCAGGAUUAAACAUUUUUUGUGGAGUAGAAGUAGUAUCCCAGUAUUUCUGUAAGGCUAGGAUGAGAACUUCUAGGGAAACUAAGAAACAUCAGUUACCAUCUGAUUAAAUCUGCCUUAAUAGAGACAUGAAUUCACAUAAUGGGGCUCUCCAUGGGAGAACUGAGCCUUCAGGAAACCCAUUUAGAUGCAUGGAUUCCAGUUGUUUCUUCCAUUUCCUCUCUACUGUUCACCCUAAAAGGGGCUCCAGGGACCCAGUGCUGGCUUCCUAAAUCUUGUAUUCUGCUUAGGAGCCAGGAUGGCUGGUUCCCAGUGAUUGUCCACAUCUCUCAGCUGAUCUUGGAUGAUUCUGAUUGAUGCUAAAGAAGGCUCUCAGAACAAUGGAGCCUUUUAUCAAAAUUCCAUAGCUGGAUGGUUCUUUUGAGUCUGAUAGAGAGUGAAAUCAGAGAACUAUUAGUUUGCCAACCCAUAUGUCUUCUUAGGUACAAAGUUUCACACUCAUCACCAUAUUUAAAAUUUCAGGCCAGUUUUCUUGUGACUGUGGAGGACGGUGGUGAUAUAUGAACUUAGUUGGAUAAAGUAGGAAUAUUACAGAAGCUGAGAAAGAGAAAGUUUCAACCUCUGUCCCAUAAGGAUAUUGGGGCAUAUGGCACUGUCUACUCUAGGAGAGUGAAUUCUUCUGGAUCAUAUAUAUUUUGCUCUGGUUGAAGGAUUUGUGUUUUCAACAUCUAGUUUAGAAUCUCAGAAUUGUGAAGAUAGAAAGAACCUUAGAGAUUAUCUAGUCCAAGUUAAUUCUGAUAAAGCCCUGGCUUAGGAAAAGAGAAUGGCACCAGUCAAUUAAUACUUAGAGGAGUAGAAUGAGUUGUUGUAUAGCUUGUGUCAAGGGACUACACCCAGAAGUAAUGUAGUGCCACAAUGGAACAAAGACUAGAAACCAAGGGAAUGUGGAGAUUCCAGCCAGCAAGGAUUUCUUGAUUAUGAAUAGACUAAGGGAAGAUGGUUAUGGUCCUUUGCUGGGAACAAAACUACUUAAGAUCUAACUAUGUGCUAUAAGGGGCAGUUCCAAAAUGGACUUGAAACUUUUUCCCUCUUUUAAGCUCCCAGGAUUAUAGGGAUAGAGCCAGAAAGGACCUCAUUGGCCAUAUAGUCAAAUCUCUUCAUCUUUCAGGUGAGGAAACUGAGACCAGGGAAUUUAAGUAAUUUGUCCAAGGUCAUGGAGGAAGGAAGUAUGAGCAAUGAAAUUUGAACUCAGGUCCAACAGGACUUUAUUGACAGUAUUUUUCCCCAUUUUACCAUGCUGCAAGGUCUCAGGCAAAGCCCAAACCCCAUUUACCAGUUUUUCCUCUCAUUAAGGAGCUAUGGUGGUUCUGGGCUGGUGGGUGUUAAGGAAGCAUGAAGACAUAUUACAGAUGGCAGAAGUGGCUCCAGUGGAGUUCUAGGGAAAAAAAGGGUCAGGUCAUACCUGUCUGAAUGGAAGGAAGAGAAAACAAGUUGAAAAGAACUCCCUCACCAUGACCAGAAGAAGUUUUAUCAAAGAAAAAUUUGAAGCCCUCAUUGGUGCAGAACCACAACCUUCCCUUCCCUCUCCCUUUCCCAGCUCUCAUUUUCAAGCUCUUUAAUCACUAAGAAUGACAGCACUAUUCUUAUCUCAUGGCAGAACUUUGUGGAUAUGAUCUAGUCACAGUCAAUACCAAGGAAAGGAUCUAGAGUCUGUGGUAAGACCUGGAUGGUCAAGAGAAUGACCACCAGGCUAUGCGAACCUGGUCUGUGCUACCAGUUAUCUUUCUUUCCUCAGCUUGCAUGGGGAACAGGACUCCAGUGGUGGGUCUUGGAAACUGUAUGAGGCAGUGUCAGAGGGAAUCUGUAGCCCCAUUUCUUGCCAACAAGCAGGAAAUUGCCAUCAGCCAGUCCACCUUCACCUUUCUUUUCCUCCAAAUAUGAACGCAGAUGGGGAUGAAACUGCAUCCCUUCUCAUAAGAGGUCUCCUUAGGGAGUUUGUGCUGCUAAUUGGUACCUCAGUGUUCCUCAGGUAACCUCUGAGAUCUCACUGCUCACAUUGUCCAUGGAAGUCCACAGGGAAAUGGAAAAAGAAUUUCUCUUUUUGUAUUUGCUGUGCUCAUUUCCAACCAUUCACCAUUGUGCUCUGGUCUCAUCCUUUAGCUAUUUCAAAUAAAUUUUAAAAAAAAAAUAGCAGAGGUACUUCCUAUUAGGAAUGAACAGAGAACUAAUUGUACUCUUCAAUUCCCAAAUGGCAGCAAAAAAAUGGAGAAUACAAUGGAAAACGUACUUAUUCUUGUAACCUGCACUUACCCUUGACUCCUCACACAUACACAUAUGCACAUACAUAAUUAUACACUCACAAUUUCACGAGACUAAGAAAAAAGAACCCAGUAUUUGAUUUUCUCCAAUAAGAGAGUAAUAUGAAAAUAAUUGGGUAGACCAGUUGGCUAUAUUUGGAAGUAUAGGAGUAUUGAUCAGUUUUGUAGUUCACCUACUUUAAGAUGGCAUGCCUUAGGAACGUAACAUGGUGGGUAAUGAUUAGAAAUACACUAUGACUCAUUGACAUCUUCACGUUACCACACAGUAAAACUGUCCCCACAUGAGAGCUUAGAGGGGCCUAUGAAUAUGUUCUGAUUGGUUAGAAAUGAGCUGUGGUUCAGUUCUUCCUCAUUCUUCAGUUCAAAUCACAGAGCCCAAAUUGUGGUUCAGUUUUAAAGGUGUAGGGUUGGUACAGGGAGGGAAGGGCUUUCUUCAGUUUACAUGUUGAUCAUUGAAGCCGCCAUGUUAACAGUAACAUUUGCUUUCCUGAAACCAAUUCAUUUAUAAAAUGACAUUCAAGUUGCAAGAUCAUUUCACAGUGAAAUAUUUUGAGUAAAAUAUUGUUGCUAAAGAUGAUCAUGGACAAAAGUUUUAUCAGCGAAAUGUUUCCGUUCUAUAAUAAACAAGAUGAUGCUA